CCGAGACGGAGCGGAGGAAAGAUCCAGGAGGAGGAAAACAAGAAGGGGCGGACUGGAAAAACCGAAGCAGAGGAGGGUGUUUUUUUUUUUGGGAGGGGGGUUGGAGGUAGAUGAGUAAUUGUUUUUGUUUUCAUCUUGGGGAGCAUGUUUUGGCAGUGAGAGGUUAUUGGGUUUUUUUUUUUUGUUGUUGUUGCUGCUUUUUUUUUUUAAUUCUAUUUUUCUCCUCUACUACUGUACAUCAGCCUGCGGUGCAUCGUGAAGUACCAGCCCGCACUCCUGCUGCUCCUUCGCCGCUGUUCUGCCAUCCCUUCCAGCGGAUCACUCUCUGGAUAAACGUGCGUGGAUGCUGUGAUGUUUCUUUUUCAUUUUCUUUUUUUUUUUUUUUUAAAUACCACCUCAGGAGAGCGGGAUGAACUUGGAUAAGAUAAGAGAACAAGAGUGAAACAGAGGGGGGGAAGAAAAAAAAAGGAAAAAAAAUCCAUGGGAAGUAGUGAGGUAGAGAGGAGCUGUGCAUAGCGGACACAAGGAGCAGGAGAGGGAGGAGAGGAGGAGUCGCAGCAGCAGCAGCAGGAGGAGAAACCAAAAAAAAAAAAAAAGCUGCAGGUUUGUUGAGCCUGUGGGGAUGAGGACGCCUUCAAAAAAAGGUGUGAUUAGAGGAGGAAACGGAGGCAUUUAAAGGUUUUGUUUCCAGUCCCGGUGAUGGCGGGUGAAGGCACCGGGGCUCGCACACUCCGUCGGCCGACCGCAGCCCCGUCAGCAGCCGCAGCAGCAGCAUGAGGAGGAGGAGGUACGCACUGCACGUCUCAUCAGUCCUCCACAUCCUCAUUAUUCAUUUAGCCUUCCCCGCCCUCCUCUCCCCUCCAUUACAUCCACCUUUUUUUCCCAGCCGCCUUGACUGGGAUCCAUCUAGCCAUCAAUCAGUUCCUCUCCAUGUACCUUUUGUCCCAACAUCUCCUCUCCAUCAAACACUUUCUGAGCCCCCAGUGGCUCCGCUAAACGUUGCAGUGACAGACAGGAGCCCUCCCUCCACCAGGCAGAUGUUGAAGGCAGGUGCACCACUGCAAAAUUAACAAAAGCCUACUUUGAUUUUUACUAUCACUCCACUCCCUAAGGAGGGAUGGAGGUGAUGGCCUCCAUUCCUCGUCCUUCUCCCAGAACAGAGGCAUUUUCACUUCUGUGUGGGAUCAGUUUCAUUAAAUAAAGAUUAGAGAGAGCAAACGCAGAGGAGGUGACCCUUAUCAUAUCCUGAAGGAGACGAGACAUAGAGCAUGACCCUGUGUUUGUCUACAGUGCCAAAGAAGAGGCAAGGAGAAGCCUCCCUGGCCAGAGAAUCGUCGCCUUCCUAGCUCCGCCAGGAGCCCUUUUAACUUGCAGCUUGGAGCUGCACUGGGGGGCUCAAACGUUCCCCUGACUCCACCAGGAGGCUCUCUCCAACCCAUCUGCCAGCUCAGAUAACCCUCUGAUUGUUGGCAACCACAUGUUUGAGGUGACUGUAUGUGACCGCCACUGCCCAUUCUCGAGCAGCAGCAGCCUCCUGCGACCUCGAUCUGCACCAUGCAGUGGAGACGGCGGCACUGCUGUCCCAUCAAGAUGACCUGGACCGUCAAACGCUCGCUGUUUCGGACCCAUGUGACUGGCCUCCUCUCGCUGGCUCUGCUUUUCACUCUCUUCUUAUUUUUCAGCCACCAGGACUGGCUGCCAGGACGCAGUGGGCCUCGCGAAAACCCGCUGGCCUACGCCGUCAGGGGCCUCCGCAGUCCCAAGGGAGAAACCAACCAGAGCAGCUCCCUGAGGAGCCUGUGGAGGGAGACGGGGUAUGUACCACCAAAGCCUCUGCUCAACCUCAGCUCCCAGCAGGUGGAGGGUGCAGCAGGAGAGGCAGCAGGAGGAAUGGGAGGAGGAUCCAGGACUGGUGUAAUGGGGCUGGGGGACUCCAUGAGCACUAACAACAGUUUACAGAAAGAGAUGGGUGUAGGAGGGAAGCUUAGCGCUCAGCCCUACCGCUACAUCCUGAACGAGCCCUUCAAGUGCAGGGACAGCACGCCCUUCCUCAUCCUCCUCAUUGCUGCAGAACCAGGACAGGCUGAUGCCCGCAACGCAAUCCGCCAGACAUGGGGAAAUGAGAGUGUAGCAAUGGGCUUGGGGUUCGUCCGUCUUUUUCUGCUGGGCACAGGAAAGAGCUCAGACAUCUUCCUUCAGAGCAGCAUAGAGGAGGAGAGCCGUGUUUAUCACGAUAUCAUCCAACAGGACUAUCGGGACACUUACUACAACCUGACCGUCAAAACCCUGAUGGGUAUGAACUGGGUGGCCACCUAUUGCCCACAUGCCUCCUAUGUAAUGAAGACAGACAGUGACAUGUUUGUCAAUACAGAGUAUCUCAUCCAGAAGCUGCUGAAACCUGAGAUGCCUCCAAAGCAGAGGUACUUCACCGGCUACCUGAUGAGGGGCUAUGCACCGAACCGAAACAAAGACAGCAAGUGGUAUAUGCCACCAGAGCUGUAUCCAAGCGAGCGCUACCCGAUAUUCUGCUCAGGCACAGGGUACGUGUUCUCAGGGGACAUGGCUGAGCUGAUCUAUCAGGCCUCACUCAGCAUACGGAGGCUUCACCUGGAGGACGUCUACGUGGGGAUCUGCCUGGCGAAGCUGCGCAUUGACCCAGCACCCCCUCCCAAUGAGUUCCUCUUCAACCAUUGGCGAGUAUCUUACUCCAGUUGUAAGUACAGCCACCUGAUCACAUCCCAUCAGUUCCAUCCUAAUGAACUCAUCAAGUACUGGAACCACUUGCAGAGCAACAAGCACAACGCCUGUAUCAACAUAGCCAAGGAAAAGAACGGCAGGUAUCGACACCGAAAAUUCCAUGGAGAGAGGCCUCCAUGAUGGACCCUGUGACUACAACCUGCCUCAAAAAAGGGAAGCUGGUCCACUGUAACUACUGCCGGUGGAGGGCAUGUUGAACUCAGCACUAUACACUAUAUGGGGAAAAGCACAUUGUUUUUGGUAUUGUGUACAGUCAAUGAUCCAAACUAUUUUUUUAAUUUAAAAAAAUGUGAAGUAUUGUAAACCUAUUGAGCUAUUUCUAAAAGGGAGAAUGGGGGACAUGUUUGUGUGAUGUGGAGCAUGCACAAAAAGAGCUGCAGCUCAACAGUGGUGUUUAUGAUAAUUCAGGUGCCAACAGAACGGUGAGAAUUUUGGUAGUACAGUAUGUCGCACUCUAGAAAUAUGAAAAAAAAAAAUAAUUAAAAAUUAAGACACACUUGUGUUUACACAGACAAAGGGAAAUGUCCAUGUAAUAUGUUGAAAAGUUACACUACCUAAAUAUGAAUGAAUGAUAUGAAUCUUUGACGUUGACCAGUUAUGCUGCCCUGUUUCUCAGUGUUUACUUUACAGAUCUAUCAAAGAACACUACUCUAAAGAGGUUUAUCUGUCAUAUACUGUAUUUUAUUUUCAAAAAGUCUACAUAAAAGCACCCAGAAUCACAUCUGAGAAGACUGAGAUUGUAUUUUUUAAAGCUUUACAUUGAGUAUGACUCUGCACUUGAGCAAAUGUGCAAUGAAUCAAAUAACAAUUAAAUGUACUGAAAUCAU